AUGAAAGUUAUCAAUAAAUUAAAUGUAUUGAAGAAAGUUUACAGAGAGUAUCGUAUGGUUACUGCUGCAGAUGAUUGUGAGCCUUACGAAAAACUACUUAUUAAUACAUGCAUGAUGUUGAUAUUGUGCAGUCUGUUUUAUAUGGCAUUUCUUUUAAUACCUGGAAAUGUGAUAAUACUGUAUCAGUUUUUGUUCGACUGUUUUAAAUAA